GCCGGUCUCACACCCCUGCAUGUGGCCGCCUUCGUUGGGAGCUCGGAUAUUGUUCGCAUGCUGCUGGAGAGGGGCGCCUCGGUGGACCAGACGACAAUGCGUUGCGAGACGGCUCUCCAUCUGGCCGCUCGAAACUGCCAACUCAACGUUGCUGGUGUUCUUCUGAGCGCUCAUGCCACCGUCGAUGCGAAGGCUAAGGUGAAGAAGACGGAGGAGGAGGAGUUGUAUCUUGCAGCAGAAUGCUUGCUUGCGGAAAUUGCAUCCUGGUGGUAA